GUGUAUAAGUAUGCGGCCGCGAGGUAAGAGUGCCCAUCCUUUGGACGCCGACCCCCGCAGUCCACCAUGAGCCAAGUCUCGCAUACCGAUGUCCUCGUGAUUGGUGCUGGACCUGCGGGGCUCAUGACCGCGGUCUGCCUUAGCCGCCUCAACAUACCAUACAGAAUCAUAGACCGCCGGUAGUGUCACUCUCCUCCUGUCCUCCGUGCCUGUUCCUUACACCCACUCAGUCUACCUGAAGAAUCAGCAGGUCAAGGGGAUGGCAUUCAGCCCCGGACGAUUGAAAUGUGGGACAGUGUCGGGAUGGGAGAGAAGCUGAGACAGACAGGCUUCCAUCUUCACCGCAUGGUUACAUAUGAAGCGAACGACGACAGAUCCGGGAUAAAGGCUACUAAGCAGGGUUCAGACAUUCCGGCAUCUUCUGCUCGAUAUCUCUAUGAGAUUGUCCUAGACCCAAAAGAUAUUGAGCGGCUCAUGAGGGAGUCGUUGUCGGAGCAAGGCAUUCAAGUAGAACAACCAGUAGUCCCUCAACAAUUCCGUAUCAUCAAUGAGUCAGGACCGAAUGAUGAAUACGUUGUUGAAGUGACAUGCGUACACCUUAAGGCGGAGCAUGUGCGGACAAGCCGUCUUCCACUUACCUCGAGAAACGAGUUAGCGGAUAUUCCCGAAUGCUUGGCGAAGGUGGAAAGUAUACGCGCAAAAUAUGUCGUUGGCUGCGACGGUGCCCGCUCUUGGGUCCGUCAACAGUGUGGAAUCACCAUGGAUGACUUAGGUGGGACGGUCGUGGCGGAGAACUCAAAGCCUGCAAUAGGCGAAGUAUGGGGCGCAAUGGACCUGAAGCCGAUCACCGACUUCCCGACUCCGCUAGCAAAGAACAUUAUACAGUCGCCGCUUGUGGGUCUAGUAGCUACUGUUCCAAGGCCCGGUAACAGGAUCCGUAUAUAUGGGCAAUUGCAGGACGACUCCUUGGUAAACGAUGGGAAUGUCUCAGCAGUGCAGUUAGCAGACAUCUUGAUGGCGACAUUCUCGCGUGGCUUCCAGCCGUACUCAAUGGCCGCGGAAGAUAUUACGUGGUGUAGUCAUUACAGAGCCAGACAGCGAAUCGCUUCGACAUUCUCGCACGCGCAGCGAGUUUUCAUAGCCGGAGAUGCAUGUCAUGUGCAUUCUCCAAAUGCCGGCCAAGGGCUCAAUUUCUCGAUGGCGGAUGCUUAUAAUCUGGCAUGGAAACUCGCAUACAGCCUUCGUGGGCGCGCCGGAAAUGCUCUCCUCGACACAUACGAAACUGAGCGACGCCCUUGUAGCAUCACGUUGAUCGAGCUCGAUAUGGAGAUCCAGAGGCUGAUACGCAGCCCAAGUACGAGUAUUCCGGAGCAGUAUAUGAGCCUGCUUGAACGACAGAACGCUUUCACAUCAGGCAUAGGUGUCCAGUACGACUCGCGACUCACUGUACCCGACUUCCAAGAUCUUGCGUGCGGCUUGGUCUUGGGACAAAGACUGCCCCACGCCGAAAUUCUGCGUUACGACAGCUGGAGUCGCUGCAGCCUUCUUGAUACUAUAUCAUACCAAAUGGCCUUCAAGCUUCUCAUCUUCCCGGGCGAUAUCACGCUGCCAGCGGUUGGCGCGAGCUUCCGCGAAUUCAUCGAGCGCUGCGCCAGCUCCAAGGAGGUUGGUAAUGGCGAUGUGCAGCUGGGAGCGAUCCUCUCUGUCAGCCAUGGCACGGUGCUUGCAGAGGCGGGUGUGGUAUCGGAACCGGUGCUCCGCGCUUCGCAAAAUGAUGGCCGUACGACGGGGAGUCUCUAUCGGUCGCUCCGCAUAAGCACUGAGAGCGGUGCAGCUGCGCUAGUGCGUCCUGACGGACAUGUGGCGCUGAUAAUUCCCGUGGCUUCGCGAGAGCUGGCUAGGGUCUGGAAGUAUUUGUCGGAAUUAUGAAGUAUGAAGACGAUGUGAUGUGCUGUCCAUUCACACUGGCGUCACCAUCG